AUUGACUGUUGGAUGGCUGAUGUCGUAGAUGAUGAGGGAAAUCAUGGAUAGCACGAGUUCGGAACAUAGCCCACCACUGAGCGAAAAUACGGGAAGUUCUUGGGCCAAUUGGGAAACUGAAAUUAGUUCUGUGUCGGGUUUAAAUUUGGGAAGUACCAAUGAGCUGAACAGCCUGGUGGAAGACAAGGAAGUCGCAGCACGCGCCGUAGCGUUUGUCGUCAACAGCACGCGCAAAGGAAUUGUACCCCUGUGUGCUGAUGUGGCAACUCUUCUGCACACCAAGCGACGCCUUGAGAAGAAAGUCUAUCAGUUUAAGCGUGAGAACGAAGCACUGAGGUCUUCUGCGUCGAUCAGCUUCCGCACCAGUCAUUCCACAAGUCCGACCCCUCCGUCCAUCAGUUCGUACACUGACAAGUCACUGCUGCAUGACCAGUCAUCACAGAUACAGGACCGGUCUCGUCCGUGCUCCCGCUGCAGUCAGUGUUCCAGUCUGGUUAGCAACUCUCCCAAGUUUGAGAAGACCUUCACCUUCAAAGGUCAUCUCAACUCAGGCUCCAGUCACAAUGAAGGUCAAGGUCAGAGGUCACCUCACAGGUCACCGAACAUGGUACAUGGGCAGAUGAAUGGAAUCCUGACUAAAGCUUUGAUCCAUCACACACAUGGGGCUGAUGCGCUGGACAACGGUCAGACGAGCGUAAAACAACGCAAAAAUUCUCUACCAGAAAUUAUAUCUGAACCUGACGGACGCCUGAAGAAAAUCAGGUCAACUAUUUCUAAGGAAGUUCAGUGUUCGCUGUACCCGCCCAGUGGUGCCUCAUUGGAGGAACAGCUUAUUGAGACGGUUAAAUUAAACUCCAAACUAGCAGAAGAUCUUGCAGCUUCCGAGAGAGAAAUUGAGAUUCUGAGAAAACGCUUAAAGGAUCUGGAGACUGACAGUAUGGGUAAGGAGUGUACAGAUACGUUUCACAUUGAGAGUGAGUUUGAGGACACGAUAUCGACUAAUUCAGACUUAAGGGGAAGACUGAAUCCGACAAGGAUUACUACAAAGAUCGCCAUGACAAGCCUGUUCUACCCGGAGCCGCUGCACGGGUGUAAGUGUACGGCGUGCGUGGAAGCGGUCGGUGGGGAUGCCACCACAUGUCUACCAAGGAGUGUCAAUGAGCAGGACGAAACACAGAGCUUCCAAGUCAGUGACAAGCUUAUUGUUCAGCUCGGAGAAAGAGUGAUUAUCAAGGGAGACCGACUUGGCUGUAUUCGUUAUGUCGGCCAUCUCGACAAAAUAGGACAACCCAAUAUGAUAUUUGUCGGGAUUGAGCUAGAUGCUCCAGUUGGCCGGAAUGAUGGAUUCUACCAUGGAAAGCGAUACUUCUUCUGUCAUCGAGACCAUGGCAUGUUUAUACCCCUCCACGACAUCAUCUGUAAGGUUCCUAGUAAGAUGAGUGGUGAAGUGGACGAUGUGCCCACCCUGCGAGACAAGCCAACAUGGAAAGACUUCAGUAACAUCUACUCAUCGCCCGCCCCGCGAGUGAGAACCACGGCUAAGAGAAAAGUGGACAAGAUCGAAUCGAGAUGUCCGUCAGACAUAGAAAACAGAUUAUGAAACUGUUACUCCAUGUUCAGCUAGAGAAGAUAUUCACCAGAAUUGCUUCACAGUGAAGAGUAGUUCCUGAAACAGUGAAGAAAUUACAUUUGGAGUAGAUAUUCUGACGAAACCGCUUUUCAAUCUGAUGCUGAUAUAUAUAAGGGACAAUAUUAUUUCAAAAUAGGGGAUAAUCGAAAGUUAGUUCACAUGAUUAUUCAGUUACAUACCUGUGUAUACGAGUUAGAUUUGCUAACUGGUGGGUUAUGUGUAAACUCAAACUUGUAAUGAACCUGAAUUUUAAAGACAAUAUAAUUAUUUAAUAUGAUAAGAUAAAACAAAAUAAAAUAGAAGCAUUUUCAUUAUUUCAACAAGCUGAUGAUGAUUCCAGGGUUGAAAAUUAGCAGUCGCUCGUGGCAACCUUUAUUGACUCUGGGCAACUAAGAAUUUUACAAAGAUAGUCCGUUGGGCUGCCAUCGAUUUGAUGGCCUGGCGAAUAUGGUACCCCUUGAAAAAGAAAUGCACUGAAACUGAAUCGGAUGUGACAAAACACACCGCUUCUGUGCUGGCGCAACUACAGAUCUGGUAGCAGACGAUAUUAUAGAACAUGUUCUAUGUAUUGACAGCGCCAGACUGACCAGAUCAGCCUCAGCUUUUGCGAUUUUGGUCCGGGGCUUUAAAAAAGUAGAGCUCAAAACAUAUUGCAGGCACUUCAGGUGGGUUUUUAUUUUAAAUCUUGGAAGUCAUGGGCUUAUUGCAAUGGACUGGACAUGCCAUUAUUAUCUGGUACACCUAUUUUUUGACAUUAGCUUAUAUUAUUCUGGGACAAAAUGAAACUUUUUCUUGUAGUUUUAACACACACUAACAAAGACAUUUUUCAUUACUACAGGGAUUAUUCCAAAAGUCAGUUAAUUGGAUAAAAUUCAUAUAAAAACAUAUUAAUUUAUUAAAUUAUAAACCCAUACCAUCUGACAUAACUUAUUUGGGGUGAAAGGUUCAGUGUAAAUAAAACAAAGAUAUUUAUAAAACGUACUGCAUAGGUUAAAUCUUUUCUGAUACAGGUUUUAAGGCAAUUGAUGGAACAUGCAAGGUAAUCUGAAAGACAAAACCGUAAUAAGAGAUCACAAUGCAGAGUUGAAUGGGUAUUUGGCAUCUAGUGCCUUGUCUAUAGGAGGACAACCACUCCCGAGGAAAUC